AUGCCGACAGAACUUGAAGAGCUCGUUGGCUUCAUCGCCAGUCCAAACCCGCAGAUCCGCAAACUCGCUGUUGAGAACCUGGUGCCAUAUUCAACAUCGGAACCAAGCAUAUUCAAAGCCAAUGACAAUGUCCCGAUAAGAAACUUGAGAGUCCUUGUCCGGGACCAUCCGAAAAUCGCAGAACAUGCCUUGACCAUGCUGAUCAACCUCUCCGGCGAAGAUGCCGUGCAAGAGAUGCUCGCCACGGACGAGAAAUUCCUCGAGCUUCUGUUUCAGAAAAUAGUCAACGCAGAGGAACCCAACGCCAACCUCUUGACCAUGCUCCUCGCCAACCUCACCAAGAGUGCAGCCCUCGCCACUAUCGACACAAAGAAGCAGCCUUCGCCAGACGACCUCUCCAAGAGCCAUUUCAUCCUGGACCAGCUCAUGGAUCUUUUCGUCAAGGGCCAGGACGGGACAUACAACAAGCACGCCGACUACGACUACCUGGCCUACUGCUUCGCUGAUUUGGCCAAGCACGAGUCGAUACGCAAGUACUUUCUCACCAAGCAAGAGUACGACGACGUUGUGCCGCUUAGCAAACUCCUCGUAUUCACAGAGCACAAGAGCGAGAUUCGACGAAAGGGCGUCGCCAGCACCAUCAAAAACGUCGCGUUCGAAGUCCACGCGCACCCAGAGCUCAUGUCGGAUAGUGAGAUUGGUAUCUUGACUUAUGUCUUGCUGCCCAUCAUGGGCAGCGAGGAGUACGAUGUCGACGAGUCGAUGGACAUGCUGCCGGAUCUACAGCUGCUGCCGCCUGACAAGAAGCGGGAACCCGACAACACCAUCAUUGUCACGCAUCUCGAUACACUCAUGCUUCUGACUACGACAAGAAAGGGGCGAGAACUGAUGCGCGAGGUCAAGGUGUACCCCAUUGUGAGGGAGACACACGCCCGCGUACAGGAUGCCGAUGUAAAGGAGGCAUGUGACCGUCUGGUGCAAGUCCUGAUGCGUGACGAGGAAGGCGAGGGCGAGGAAACGGAGAGGAAGAUUCAAGAGGUUGUGGAUGAGGAAGACGAGAUCGUUGAGGUAUAG